AUGUCUGAGUCAGAGAGUCCCGCAGACGUGCCCGACGGCCAGCCAAACCCGAUACUCGUGGGACCCGGUUUAAAAGCCCUCAGUAAGGGUGCAUAUGCCGAUGCGACCAAUGCCACUCCUGCUUUAGACAGCAAGACAAGUGAGGUUCCUUCAUACUUUGCCAGCCUCCCAGGGGGACAGGCUCAACCCGCGGAUCCGUCUGACAUCGCCUCCCAACCUGGGCAAGCGGCAAGGAAAGCAUCAUCGGGCAUGGAACUGCUCCGACGUCUAAGCUUGGCCUCUGAAUCUCCCAUGUCCCCGGAGAUUGACCCGAGCGUGGAGCACCCGGGACUUAACCUCAGUGGUCGCAUCAUUAGCGCCGCUUUCUGUAUCCCAUACAAGCUCAACUUUCAAUCAGGGUCAGACUGGACCCUCAAAUCACGCUCUGGCACUUCCGCACUAUUCGAUUCAUUCGCACACCUUGCAUCAAACGAGACUUCUUGGUCACACACCCUAGUAGGCUGGACUGGAGAGGUUGAGCCUAUCGUGGAAAUGAAAUCGCCCUUGCAACAAAUACAUCCGAAUGCUGCAGGAAACGCACCUCCAGCUCCCAGCAAUUCUGUUGCCAACCAGCCAUUGAACAAAGCUACUGCACCGGUUCCUGUGGAUGCAACCAAACAAGUUCCUGUCCAUCCACUGGUAGAGGGGAUCCAUGUCACACAGAAGGACCGGGAGCGGCUUGAUGAACAGUUGAGUUCCGGUCGCCAUGGCCGGGUACUGCCCGUGUGGCUAUCGGAUGCAUCGGAGGAGCCAGAAGAUACCAUACUACUCAAAGAUCAAGGCAGAUGGCGUCGGUAUGCUGAGCGCGAGCUAUACCCUUUACUUCACUACAAGCAGCAUGGCCCAACAGAUGGUCGAUCCGAGCGACGGUGGUGGGCCGAUUAUCUUCGCAUGAACCAGUUGUUCGCGGAUCGUAUUGCGCAGGAGUACCAAGAAGGAGACGUUGUUUGGAUUCAUGAUUAUCAUCUGUUCCUUCUUCCCAGUCUUCUGCGGCAACGGAUUCCCAACAUCUAUAUUGGCUUUUAUCUACACUCACCUUUUCCCAGCAGCGAGUUUGUACGGUGCCUGGCGAAGCGCAAGGAGAUCCUGGAGGGAGUGCUUGGGGCAAACAUGAUUGGGUUCCAAACAUUCUCCUACUCUCGGCACUUUACCUCGUGCUGUACACGCGUCUUGGGCUUUGAGUCGAAUUCUGCUGGGGUGGAUGCUUACGGUGCUCAUGUUGCAGUCGAUGUUUUCCCCAUUGGCAUCGACGCCCGUGCCAUUCAAAAGGCAGCCUUUGGAGCGCCUGAUAUCGAAAAGGCCGUGCUGGGGAUCCGAAAGCUGUAUGCUGGGAAGAAAAUUAUUGUCGGCCGUGAUCGACUGGACAGUGUUCGAGGUGUGGCACAGAAGUUACAGGCUUUCGAAAUCUUCCUCGAGCGUUACCCUGAAUGGCGCGAGAAAGUUGUGCUCAUCCAGGUGACAAGUCCUACCAGCGUGGAAGAAGAGAAAGAGGAUCCAAACAACAAGAUUGCGGGCCAAAUCUCUAAUUUGGUUUCGACCAUCAAUGGAAAAUUUGGCUCUUUGAGCUUCGCCCCUGUUCAGUACUACCCGCAGUACUUGUCCCCGCGCGAGUAUUUCGCACUUUUGCGUGUUGCAGACGUCGGAUUGAUUACCACAGUGCGAGACGGUAUGAACACAACAAGUCUCGAAUAUAUCGUUUGCCAGCAAACCAACCACAGCCCUCUCAUUCUGUCUGAAUUCUCAGGUACCGCGGGCACAUUGCCCAAUGCCAUUCACAUCAACCCUUGGGAUCUUGUCGGGGUGGCUGGAGCGAUUAAUCAAGCUUUGAAAAUGCCCCCGGACCAGCGAAAGGACCAACACCUGAAGCUAUACAAACAUGUGGUGACAAACACAGUUGCCAUGUGGGCCAAACAGUACCUCAAUCGCCUACUGACCAACUUGUCCUCCUUUGACCAGUCGGUCGCCACACCUGCCCUCGAUCGCGCGAAAUUAUUGAAGCAGUACCGUAAGGCUCGCCGACGUCUCUUCAUGUUCGACUACGAUGGCACAUUGACGCCCAUUGUCAAGGAUCCUCAGGCGGCUAUUCCAUCGGAUCGGGUGCUUCGUACUCUCAAGAGCUUGUCAGCCGACCCACGAAAUGCUGUGUGGAUUAUCAGCGGACGAGACCAAGCUUUCCUGGACGAGUGGAUGGGUCAUAUUCCAGAACUCGGAUUGAGUGCCGAGCACGGUUGUUUCAUCCGAAAGCCCGGAUCAGAAGAUUGGGAGAAUUUGGCCGAGCGGAGUAACAUGGGAUGGCAGAAGGAAGUUGUCGAUGUGUUCCAACACUACACAGAACGGACACAAGGCUCAUUCAUUGAACGAAAGCGUGUGGCACUGACCUGGCACUAUCGCCGUGCAGACCCGGAGUAUGGUGCGUUCCAGGCUCGCGAGUGUCGGAAAGAGUUGGAGAACACCGUCGCCAAACGGUGGGACGUUGAGGUCAUGGCAGGCAAAGCCAACCUGGAGGUGCGGCCAACCUUUGUGAACAAAGGGUUCAUUGCCACUAGGCUGGUUGACGAAUAUGGUCCCGGGAAGGCACCGGACUUCAUCUUGUGUCUGGGUGAUGAUUUCACGGAUGAAGAUAUGUUCCGUGCUCUUCAGAAAUUUGACCUACCACGGGACCAUGUGUACUCGGUGACUGUAGGAGCCAGCUCUAAGCAAACCGAUGCCAGCUGGCACUUGCUGGAGCCAGCCGAUGUCAUUGGAUCAAUCCAAAUGCUUUUCAGCAACGCCAACCAAGAUCACUGA